AUGGAUUUGAAUCAAACUCAACAAAAUCGAAACUUGAAAAUAUCUGAGUUCUGGUCGAAAGUAAUGGUGGAAAUGACCAAGCUGCCAAUCAAUGGCGACAAGCAUCACGAACUUCCCAUGGCUCGAAUUAAAAGGAUUAUGAAAAUGGACGACUCGGUCAAAAGCUGCGUAAUUUCGAUCCUCUUCGCUUAUUUUAAGAUGAUUGGUUCCGAAGCUCCCGUACUUAUUGCGAAGGCUUGCGAAAUUUUCAUUCGUGAGCUGACGUUGGUGGCGUGGAUGCACACGGAGGAAAGCAAACGUCGCACCCUUCAAAAAAGUGAUAUUAUUUCCGCAGUGUGCAACAACGAGAUGUACGACUUCCUAAUCGACAUUAUUCCGCGCGAAGAGACCGUUGAGUAUUCGCAUCAGCCGGACAGCAAAGUGGGCUACGACCCGCUUUAUUAUGGCUACGUCGCGCUUCUCUUCCUCGUUUCCUCUAGAAUCCCAAUCAAAUGA